AUGAUUAAGCGCCUCCUUCUCUUCGUGCUCUUACUCAGUCCGGGUGCUGUCAGCGACGCUUUACUGGCUCUAACGGCCAGCACGCUGCCUGCUGGUGCUAUUUCCGUCAAAGAGCAGGCUACGGACUCGAAGGCGCGCGGAAAACAAGCGCUUAAACUAAGCGAAGACACAUCUGCUGCUGUUGGUGAAGAAAGAGCGUCAUUUUCGUUUCCUGCGUUGGAGGAGCAUUUAAAGGCCGCUUCGGAGAAGAUCUACGACUGGUUUUCUCGGAUGGCGAGUAGGUCUGCAUUCUAUAAGAAGGCUAUGCAGGAGGUGGACGUCGUCUGGAAUAAGUGGGGUGUUACGGGGGAAGAAUACAAGACUGCCUGGAGAAAGGUAGAAGAGGCCUCUCGUGUUACGGAGACCGCAUGGAGACGUCGAUUGAAGAUAAAAUUGAAUACAAAUGAGGAUCGUCUGCGGGACGCUCGUACUGCCUGGGAAAAGAAAGAAGCAGUCUGGGAGAGGACUGAAGCAGCCUGGGAGAGGACUGAAGCAGCUUGGAAAGCGAAGCUAGAAACCAUAGUUGGCAAAGAAGCAGAAUCACCGUCCCUGGAUGCCCAAAUAUUGUCGCUGAAGGAUAAUUUGGCGAAGGACGAAUGGACGUAUUUGGACAGAAAAGCACGGUGGGAAUCGAAACUAGAAGAUUGGAAGAAGAAAGAAAUCGACUUGAAGGAUGGCGUAAACAUUGCAAAGUGGGACUUCGCUGAGAGGGCGGUCAAGACGUACUUACCACAGUUCGAAAAGCUGAAGGCGCAUGGCGUUACUAGAAAAGCAUACCAAAACCUGCUUGGUCUGGAUCCGUCCACUAUUGCCAACUACAACUUGAAGGAAGAUGUCAUCACGAGUGGCUCCCUCGAUGGGCUGCAGUACGCGAAAUAUCUGUAUUUCGACAAGUUCCUUGAAUACAAGGGAAGCUCCAAACGCUUGUUGAGGUGGGUCCACCUACAUUUUAAACCAAACAAGUGA